UUUAUUUAAACUUCCGCGUUCCAAAGUAAAAUAUUCACCUAUUUAUUACAAGGCUGGGAUGGAGGUCCCAGGGAAAUUAGAUCUAGGAGCUCUAAGUGCCGAAAACUUAACAUUAGUAUGUCUCCCGUGUGAUAAUGAUGGUUUGAAGGAACCAGCUUAUGGCUUCUGCCAGGACUGCCAAGAGCACCUAUGUGAAACAUGCUUUAAACAUCACAGACGGCCACGCCCAAUGAGAAAUCAUGUCCUUAUUGACAAAGAAUUCAUGCCAAAGACUCAGGUAAAUGCACCUACAGCAUCUGAGGAUACGGCCGACUUUUGCAAGAAACACCAAGACAAACCACUAGAAUUCUAUUGUAGGGAUCACACAUCUGUGGCUUGUUAUGUGUGCGUUACACUAGAACAUAAGCAGUGUAGGGUGGACUAUAUUCCUGAUGUUUCUGGAAACUUGUCUGACGAGAUGACUGUUAUAUUGGAACAAAUGGAAUCGUUGAUUACAAAAUGUAAAUCAAACAUAGAAUAUGUUAGCAAAGCUGCGCAAAAUCUAGACCUUAGUCAUGCUAAAGUUGUUGAAGAUAUCAAAGUCUUCAGGAAAGAAAUAAAUGAAUGUUUGGACAGAAUCGGAACAAGCAUAUUAAAAGAAGCUGACACAAUUGUAAAAAUUGCAAAAUGUAAACAGGAAACCGUAAAAGCUGCUUGCUUAGAGAUAAAUGAAGAGCUUGAAUGUUCACGUUCGUUGUUAAGUUCAUUAAAAGAACAGAACAAGCAAAAUAAGUUUUUUAUUGAAAUGAAAAACGCUGAAAAAUGUCUUCCAAUACUGACAGAUAAGGAAAAGAACGUAUUGCAUGCAAAUACAGCAAACGAUUGUAUUCAAUUUACCUGUAACGCAAGCAUUAUAGAUUUUCUGAAGACUGAGAAAAGUUAUGGAACAUUGUCAACAUUUGUACAGCCGUGCCAAGAUAGAGCAAUAGAAUUACAAUAUAUAGAAACAAUAGACAUGAAACUGAAUUCAGAGAAAGAAAAAAGUAACAUUACUGGUCUGGUAAUGAUUGCUCCUACGAAAAUGGUUGUUUCUGAUAACAGUAACGAAAAAAAUAUAAAACUAAUUGACGUUGAGAAAAAAGAGGUUGUAACAGAGGUAAAGAUGUCUUCAAUGCCACUUGAUGUUAUAACUUUUCCAGAAAAAAAGCUUGCUGUAACUUUAAAAGGUGAAACGUUUGUUCAGAUAUUGUCUUAUUCUGACGCGAAACUUUCAUUAGAUCAACGUAUAGAUGUACGAGAAAAGUGUAAUGGUGUUGCUUAUAGCCAGGAUAAAUUGGUUGUCACUUGCCAAAUAUCAAAGAAAAUAAUCAUUAUCAAUCUUGAAGGAGAUAUUCUCAAUGUUCUUGGUUCUCCUGCUAUAUUCUAUGGGCCUAUGAGAGUUUUUAUCAGCAAGGAUGAAACGUUCAUAUAUGUAUCGGAUAGAGAUUGGAGACAAAAUAGCAAGUUUUUGAAAAUUGAUUGGAAAGGAAAUUGUUAAAACCG